GCGCUCGGCUCUUUCCGUCCCUCCUCCCGAGUCUCCUCCCCGAGGAGAAAAAUGGAAGCGGCAACAUUGGAUGUCGGGACAGGAGGAGGCGCGUGUUGAGCAGGGAGCGGACUCAGGAUGUCCGAACCGCUGCCCCUGUCGUACGUGACCGCGCAAGAGAUGCGCUGCCUCCUGCACUGGCUGUCGGGCUGGGCCCCGGCGCAGCGAGAGCAGUUCCUCCGCGACCUGGUGGACAAGGCCGUGCCGUGGAAGGUGCUCCCCCUGCUGGAAGGGCUGGCGGGGCUGAGCGUGGGACCCGGGAAGCCCCCCUCCAUCUUUGAGUGCCAGAUGAGGCUGUGGGACCAGUGGUUUCGCAGCUGGUCGGAGGCCGAGCGGAACGAAUUCGUCAGGCAGCUGGAGGAGGCCGUGCCGGAUCUGGCCUCCCGGUUUUACCAAGAGGUGGCGGCGACUGCUGGGCAGGCAUAACAGGGGCUGAGUAGUGCCUCCCCCCACUCAAAAACAUUAUGCAGUGACUACUUUUACAUUCCUCACGGUUGUGCCAGGUCCUCCCUCUCCCCCCCCCCC